AUGCUCCUCCGCAGCAGAGCUCUCGUCCUAGUUGCCGGCCUAUCAACCUUGAUUCUCUUCUGCUAUUGGGCUCGGACCCCUGAAUACGUCGGUCCCCGUUAUGGACACGGCCCCUACAACCACAACCAAAAGCACGGCUGGCCCGUAAAGGCUUCCUUGUGGAGGCAAGACCAGGAUGAUAACUACUACUGGAAGACUGUCAAGGUCAACUAUCCUCACACAGCUUCGCAACCACUGCCCACUUCCCCUCCCGUCACCUAUCCCAAGGUCCAGGCCACCUUCCCCGAGUUCAGCAUAAGUGCUGCUGAGUUGCGACGCGAGCGCCAGCAGGCAGUCAAGGCCACUUUCACAAGAUGUUGGAACUCUUACAAAAAGCAUGCCUGGAUGGCUGAUGAGCUCAGCCCCGUCUCGGGUGGCCAGGUCAACCCAUUCGGCGGAUGGGCUGCUACUCUCGUUGACUCCCUUGAUACCCUCUGGAUCAUGGACAUGCACGAUGAAUUCAAGGAAGCUGUUGAUGCCGUCGAUAAAAUCGACUUCACCCAGACAGAACUAAAAGAAGUCAACAUUUUCGAGACAAACAUACGCUACCUUGGCGGCUUCCUUGCCGCCUUUGAGCUGAGCGAAGACAUGCGUCUGCUCCGCAAGGCAGUGCAAGUUGGUGAAAUGAUAUACAAGGCUUUCGACACACCAAACCACAUGCCCAUCACGCGUUGGAAGUUCCACGAAGCUGGCCAAGGUAGCAACCAGGUCGCUGGUGGAGUUCUCGUUGCUGAGAUUGGAAGCUUGUGCAUGGAGCUUACUCGUCUUUCACAAUUUACGGGAGACCCCAAGUGGUUUGAUGCUUCGCAGACCAUCAUGGAUCUACUGGCGGCACAGCAAGACUCGACCAAGCUCCCAGGCCAAUGGCCUCUGACUGUUGAUGCCAAGAGCGAGAUCUUUAACCAAGGAACAAUCUUCACUCUUGGUGCCAUGGCUGAUUCGGUCUACGAAUAUCUACCCAAGAUGGCGGCGCUGAUGGGUGGUCAGUUACCCGUCUACCAAACCAUGUACGAGAAGGCUGUGGACUCGGCACUGAAACUUAACCUGUUCCGACCCAUGACUCCUGAAAACAGAGACAUUUUGGUGUCGGGCCAGAUCCGUGCUAAAGACAAAGACGGAGGUACUUCUUUCGAGCUCGAAAGCCAAGGACAACAUCUGGUGUGCUUCCUGGGAGGCAUGCUGGCGUUGGGCGGACGGCUGUUCAAUCGCCAACAGGAUGUGGACGCUGCAGCCAAGCUUGCAAAAGGUUGCAUCUACACAUAUGAGGCAUUUCCUCAUGGCAUCAUGCCCGAGACCUUCAUGAUGGUUCCCUGUGAUUCCACAGACCAAUGUGAAUGGGACGAGAAGCGAUGGAGGGAGGAGGUCCUCAAGGAAGCCAAGAUCAACGAGGGUGACGCGGCACAAAUAGACGCCAUCAUAAAAGACGAGCGCCUCCCGAAGGGCUUCACUCGCAUUCCUGACCGUCGAUACAUCCUCCGUCCUGAGGCCAUUGAAAGCGUUUUCAUGAUGUACCGCAUCACGGGUGAACAUGAGUAUACUGAGCACGCGUGGACCAUGUUCAAGGCGAUCGAGGAGGCGACAAAGACAGAGCUUGCGAACACGGCCGUAUGGGAUGUGACUGUCGCAGGAGAGAAGCCUCGCGCGGUAGAUUCGAUGGAAUCGUUCUGGAUGGGUGAGACGCUCAAGUACUUUUACCUCAUCUUCAGCAGUCCGGAUCACAUUAACCUGGAUGAGUAUGUGUUCAAUACUGAGGCGCAUCCUCUGAGGCGUCUGGUUGCUUAA